UUGCUUUGUGGUUCUGCAAAUCUGUUAAAUUAUUUUAAUGGUUUAUUCCUUCUUUUUGUCAAUACCAGAAUGCUGAUUGUAAUAAUUUCGAGUUUUAUUUAUAUGCACAUUUGAUGCAAGUGUUUCUGAGGCGUCUGCCACAUUGAUUCCGGUUUGUUUACAUGUUAAAGCUCUACUGGUUUGCCUCGCGCAGACGAGACUGUCAGUGUCAGUGAAGUAAAAGUGCUAAAUAUAGAAAGAGGGUUCAGCUGAACGAACGAUAUGGACAAAAGACAUCGAAUGAUUCAGAGACGAAUAUUCGUAUGAAGAAUGGCGCGUUUCGCUGAGCGUCCUUGAUGGAUGACUGAGUGGAUGAGAGGCAUGGUGGAUCCAGCCAAUGGCACGUGGGCCGUCAUGUUCGAGUGGGCGUAUUCCGGCGUCGACCACACGUUGCCUGGCAACGGUGGGCAGGAGUGCGUGGAUUACCUCAGUUUGCGACAGCGCGUCGUCGAGAGUUUCUUCGCGGCCGUCUUCGCCAUAUACGUCAUGUGGAAAGGCUGGCAGAACUUGAAGUUUCCCAGAAUUCCCUCGGCCGACAUCAAGCCCGACGACGCCGGGAAGCGGCUCCUGCUGGUCGUAUUGUGUCUCGUGUUCGGAGUCGAACUCGGAUUCAAGUUCGCAACUCGGCAGAUGAUUUAUCUGCUGAACCCCUGUCACCUAGCAACCAUCAUGCAGAUCUAUUUGCUGGCUGCUCCACAAAGCAAGGCUGUCACAGCAGUUUUUCGUCUUCACAUGCACAUGUUGACGGGCGCUCCAAUAGCAAUUUUAUUUCCUGUAGUAAAUACGCGACUGUUGCCAAUGGAAACGGAAAUUUACUACAUUCAGCAUAUAUUGAUGUUAGUUGUGCCAUUUUACCUCAUGAAAACGGGCAGUGUGUACAUUCCGGAAGAUUUACGAGACUUCAGUUGGUCCUCCAUGUCUUUGGGUAUUCUCUAUCUCUACCACUUCAUUCCACUUCAGAUAUUAGCUGUGGCGUCUCAAGUGAACCUGAACAACAUGCUGUGUCCAGCCAUAUCGGACCCGUUCCGCGGACCGUACUACCGGCUGUUCGCCAUCUUUCACCAGACCAUUCUCAUACAGACUCUGGGCAAACUGUUCGUCCUGCUGGCGCAGUACCUGCCAGUGUGGAGGGCCCACUCCAAGAGGUGUAUCGUCGAGGUGCCCUUGUUCUGCACCUCACACCCGCAGAGCAAUUCUCUACAGAGCACAGGGGGUGACGAUGCUGGUGCUGUAAAUACAGUGGAGGAAAAACUUUCAGGGAAAAGUGGCAAUGGAGUCGUUAAUGGGAAGUGCAUGUCUUACGAACAUUCGAAUGGACACCUGAAAUCAUCAUAAGAGUUUCUCGUUUAGACAUUUUCGUCGUUGUUGUUGUUGUUUUUGUUGUUUGAUUUUUUUUUUUGAUUUUUUUUUUGUUAUGUAUGUUAGCAUUACCGAUUGGUUGUGUGAAUAUAUUAAAUAUAUAGUGAUGAAAAUGUCCUGUGAUUUCCGAUUGCAUUGUUUUAUGUGAUUUCAAGCCUCAGCUCAAAGUAAUAUUUAUGUCACUUCUAAAUACUGAAUUAUACUGAAUACGGCUUUAUUUAUCCUUGUCCUUCAUCCAAAUUAAUAUUGGGAUUUUUUUUGUUUUUAAAUUGUCAUCUUCUCUGUUUUUUUCAUACUGAAAUACAAAUUAGAAGUAUUGUUUUUAAUACACGUUGGUAGUCAGAAACAAAAUUGCACAUUUUUAAAAUAAAAGUUAAUAUUGAUAUAUAUAUAUCCCUGGAAUUGUGAUAUGGAUAUACCUAAUGUGAGUACUAAUUCGUAAUUAAAUUUAAAUUUGUUCAAGAAGGAUUUGUAUUGUUCUUGAUACAAAUGUUUCAUGAAAAGUGUUUAAUUUCUGCAUGUGUACUCAGAUUGGUAUAUCCAUAAUCACAGUUUCAGAAAUGUAAACUUUUCACUUUAAAUUUAUACUGAUCUAUAAAUUAGUAAUUGGAAAUUGGUUGGAGGUAGAUUUUAAUUAUCCUAGGCUAUGAGGUUCAUUAUUUAUGAUUACCUUCUGUCAAGUUUAUAAAAUAAAUGAUAUUUCUUUACUGUAUUGUUACAGAAUGUUCUUUUCUAGAGCAUUCUAAUUAAAGUUUUAAGUACAACAGUGCCCCUAUAAACACCAGGUACAUUUUAUUUAGAUCUUAAAGGAAAAUGUAAAUGUGCAACAAAACCAUUUCACUGUUCCAUGUAUAGGCAGAAAAAUGACAGAUGUAUGAAUUGUUUUUUAAAAGAUUUAACAUGAAUCUAGUCAAAUGCCCUUGAAAGUACUCUGCAGUGGAGAAUGCUGUUUAUAUUUUAUACAUAGAGUGCUAAAUAAUAUACAAUUAUGAAUGUUUAAUUAUUUCUUAGAAAACUGGGAAUCAGCCGUGUGAAAGGAAUAACUAAGUCACAUCCUCUUUUAAUUUGUAAUUUUCCAUGAAUUUUACCUACAUUCAUGACACUAAUUUGAAGGGACCAUGUGUUAUGACAGUUUGUUGUAACUUAUAAACACCAUGUUUACACACUUAAUCAUAAAAGAGUAUCUUUUUGGUUUUCAGUUAAUCAAAUGAUCAGCUUUACCAAGCUCUCUUUCACUUUGAUAUUUAUUUAUUUAUCAUUUAAAUAAUAAUAAUAAUUUUAUGUAGUAGAAAUUAUAUUAUGCACCUUUUAAAAAACAUUCUGAUUUUUUUAUUUUAUUUAACCUACAGAAUUAGUGGUUUCCUGUACUUAAUAAGUCUUAAGAUGUAAAAAAAAUUAAAUAAUUAUCGUGAUACAAAAAAAAUAGAAAUCACAACAAAAAAAAGUUACCCAAAAACAGAAUAUGGGAUGAAAACCCUCUAAAUUUAUUUUGAAUGUCGGAGUUUACCGUUACUCAUAGACUAUUCCUGUUUUUGUUCUUCAAGGAAAAUCUUCUACAUUUAUCUUAAUUCUAGAUUUUGGCCUUACCCAUAGACUGUUCUUCUUUGUUGAAAUUCUUCCAGUAACUCUCAACUUUUCAAGACCAUGAACAGUUUUCUAGAUGUUUGGGCCAUGCCCAUUUUCAUCACGGCACAAAUUUGUGUGUAUCUCCAUUUACGAGAAUUGGUGGACACCUUCCAUCAAAAGUUACAACUUAAAAAGCAGAUUAUGUGCUACAUAAUUAUUUGUAAAAAAAAAUGUAAAUUGUUGUAAAAACAAAAACUGAAUUUAAUUUAUGCUACAUCUCAUAGAUGUUAUGUUUAAUGAUCAUAUUAUUUAUUGUUAGUUGUGCAUCCACUCCUGCCAACUAUUUGUUACCUUCUAUAUUUCUUGCAGUCAGUCUGUCAACACACGUAGAAAAAAAGACUUGAUGUUCAGUCAAAAUAUCUUUUCUGUUUGAGCUACAGGCAUAGGUGUAUUGUACAGGUGGGUGGGUGGUGUGUUAUUUUAAAGUAUUUAAUUCUUAACAAUGAAGUCGUGGAUUAAAGUUUUCACAUAUACAUUUGAAUCACGUUGGCUCGAACCCUGUCGGUGCUCAAGAAAGUAUUCAACCUAAAUAUUUGGUCAGCAUCAUGUCAGUGUAACUCGGGACUAUUGUUUUUUAGUUUGAGCAUUGCGGUGUAUUCGACCCGAGUUUGACCCAACGAGAUUUUGCUGUGUUUUAUUUUAAAAGUUUUAAUAUUCAAGUUUAAAGCAUAAUAACUGAUGGUUACAGCCUGCAAAUCACUAAUUCAACUUUCUGCAUUGCACUGGUAUUGGUAAACUUACCAAACAUUUUCAAGUCAUUUCACAAUAUUAUUCAUUUGACAGACUGACUGAAUUGUGAACACUGCAUGGGAUAUAUGAACUUAGAAUUAUAUUGAGUUCACAGGGUGUGUGUUUUUUGGGAGGGUUGGGGUGCAUAUUUGUUUUUUGUUUUGUUGGUGGGAGCUUUUUGUGUGUGUUUUUAGUGGAGGGAGCGCUAGACAAUCAAGUGUAAUUUCGUCAUUCAGAAAUGCAUUUAAUUGGAUUUUUAAAAAUUCCACCCCAUGAUUCUUACAUUUGUCUAAAGAAUGUCAUUCUCAUGUGAAUUGUCAACUCAUUGUUUGAUGCCUUUUACAUUAGCCUAUCAUUCAACAUUGCAAUAAUUAAUUUUCACAUUUUUUUAUAAAUGUUCAGUGAAAAUCCA